AUGGAUGUAUGUUUGUUUCUUUUCCUUAACAGGCAAGCUAAUGAAGAAUACCAAGUGCUGGCUAAUUCGUGGCGCUAUUCAUCUGCUUUUUCCAACAAAUUGUUUUUCACAAUAGUGGAUUAUGAUGAAGGGGCAGAUGUUUUUCAACAGCUGAAUAUGAACUCUGCUCCGACUUUCAUGCAUUUUCCUCCAAAAGGUAAACCCAAGAGAGCUGACACAUUUGACCUGCAGAGAAUCGGAUUUGCGGCUGAGCAGCUAGCUAAAUGGAUAGCUGACAGAACAGAUGUUCAUAUUAGAGUGUUCAGGCCUCCGAACUAUUCUGGUACAAUUGCACUGGCUCUUCUGGUAUCUCUUGUUGGUGGCUUGUUAUAUCUUCGAAGAAAUAACUUAGAGUUCAUCUACAACAAAACUGGCUGGGCUAUGGCAGCUCUGUGUGUUGUAUUUGCUAUGACAUCUGGUCAGAUGUGGAAUCACAUCCGUGGACCUCCAUAUGCACAUAAGAAUCCUCAGAAUGGGCAAGUGAGUUACAUACAUGGAAGCAGUCAGGCUCAAUUUGUUGCAGAAUCACAUAUUAUUCUUCUGCUGAAUGCUGCAAUUACCAUGGGAAUGGUACUCCUGAAUGAAGCUGCUACCUCCAAAGGGGAUGUUGGAAAAAGGAGAAUAAUAUGUCUGGUAGGCCUGGGUCUGGUGGUCUUUUUCUUCAGCUUCCUGUUGUCAAUAUUCCGCUCCAAAUACCAUGGCUACCCAUACAGCUUCUUAAUUAAGUGAAUUUAAGAGGGAUUCAUUUAGAGCUGCUUACCAUGAAGAUAAACUAUUACUGAUAUUAUCUGCCCACCAAUGUUACAUGUAUUCAAGAAUCUUCGGUUGGUUCAUCUGUUUUUGUGGUAAUUUAUAUAGUAUGCUGAUAGAGAAAUGAAUGCAGUUUUAUGCAAUGAAUGUGUAAUUUAUACAAACAUACAGUAAACACCUAACUGGAAAGUGCUAAGAAGUUAUUAAUAUAGUGCGCUCAAGAAUUUAAAUAAAUUUCAUUAUAAU